AUGGAAGCAAAAACAACACCAGAAUCCACUCCGUAUGGCUUAGGAGAGAUUCACGUCCUUAACUUUUCCGUCCGGAACCAUAAGGGCAAAAGGAAUCAGUUGAAAGAAAAAUUAUUUCAAAAUUCCCGCCACUAUUUUCUAUUUACUUCUGGCAGAUACUGUAGUUCUCCAGUGCUUGAUUUGAUACCCAUCCCGAAUAAUCGUUUUCAAGUAUAAACGAAAAACAGAAAGAGCCCAAGGAUGGGACGAAAACGUAAUGAAUCGCGCAAUAAAUUCAAUUAACCAAAGAGAAACAUCUAUUCGCGGUGCCGCUCUGCAGUUUAGAAUACCAUAUCCCACUUUACGAAAACAUUUUUUAAAGCAGCCCUCCAAAAAAACAACGGUUUAGACUAGUUUUUUCUGGCGAUAUAGAACAGCAACUUGUACAACAUAUUCAAGAAAUGGACGCCCGUUUUUAUGGGUUCACAAAACAAGACUUAUGCAUUUUAGCAUUUGAGUUCGCAAAUCGAAAUAAUUUGCCACAUCAUUUUCGUAAUGGAACAGCUGGGGAGAAAUGGUACUCAAAUGUUAUGAGGCGCUAUCUCGAAUUAAGCCUUAGAACUCCAUAACCUACAAGCAUUGCCCGGGCUUGUGGAUUUAACAGGCCCCAAGUGCAGUUAUUUUUUGAUUAUUUAAAUAAUAUAAUGAAGAAAAUGUACCAUGCCUCGACUGCGGAGAUAUUUUAGGCAACUCUAAGUCUGGCGAAACAUGGAUUGAAUGCAAUAUGUGUCAAAACUGGGCUCAUCAAUUAUGUGCUGAUUACAACAGAGGCAUCUAUAUUUGCGACAAAUGCAAGUU